CGCCUCAUCCGCGCGCGCCUGCGCCGACGCCCGGAGCCAAGAUGGCGGCGCCCAGCGGAGGCUUUUGGGCCGCGCUGCUCCUGGCGGCUGCGGCGUUGGCCCCGGUGGCUGCGGUAUCCGAGCCCACGACGGUGGCGUUUGACGUGCGGCCUGGAGGCGUGGAGCAUACCUUCUCGCAGGACGUGGGACCGGGGGGCAAGUUUACAUGCUCGUUCACCUAUGCUUCCCAAGGAGGGACCAGUGAGCAGUGGCAGAUGAGCCUGGGGACCAGCGAGGACCACCAGCAUUUUACGUGCACCAUCUGGAGGCCACAGGGCAAGUCCUACCUCUACUUCACGCAGUUUAAGGCAGAAGUGCGUGGCGGUGAUGUCGAGUACGCCAUGGCCUAUUCCAAAGCCGCCUUUGAAAGGGAGAGCGAUGUCCCCUUGAGUCCACAGGAGUUUGAAGUGACCAAGACAGCAGUGUCUCAUAGGCCUGGGGCCUUCAAGGCUGAGUUGUCCAAGCUGGUGAUUGUUGCUAAGGCAGCCCAUUCGGAGCUGUGACCAUCACCGUCGGGGCCAUAUCACCUCCUCCCUCUGGAGUACUAGCCUCACCUGCUUGUCCUGGACUCUCAGAUUCCACAGGAACUGGUGGUGUCUGGUGCUAGCAACCACAUCCAUCGCACCCAAGGCCCACCAUGUCCUCUGGAUGCUGGUCUGUGGUACUCUGGACCAGUGAAGAUGUGGUUCAGGGCAAAUGGACACCCAGUGAUUUCUGGGCUGUUCUGAAGCCAGCCUCAACUAACCCUCUGAGCCCAAGCUGAGCCCCCGUGUCACCAGGACCUCUAUCUUACCCCAGGGAACGCCUUUCAGAACUGGGCAGAGACAAUAUUCUUUCAUAUUUAAAUAAAUAAAAAGCCGACCCCA